AUGGAAAUUACAACUCGUAGUGGGAAAGUACUUCAAGGAGAGAAUGAACAACUGGCCGAAGUGCAAGAUUCUGCACAAGAAUUUGAGGCACAAGUUGAAGUGCCAAUUGUUGUUGGAGCUAAAAAGGUCCCGGAAGAGUUGAAAAUUCAAGAAGUGAACCGGGAAGAGGUUAAGGAAAAUGUGAAAGAGAUGCCAAAAACUCUAGCACAAAUUCCUAGACCUCCUCCUCCUUUCCCUCAAAGACUUGCUAGGAAGGUUGAUGAUACCAAACUCGAGAAGUUCUAUGAAAUUCUCAAGCAAUUAUCGGUUUGUUCCAUCAUUGCAACAACCACCGUUCAAAAUAAAGAAGACCUAGGAGCUUUUACCAUUCCAUGCACUAUUGGGGCGCGCGAUUUUGCAAGAUCUCUUUGUGAUAAUGGGGCUAGAAUCAAUUUAAUACCUCUUGCUAUCUACAAGCAAGCGCGGUUGGGCAUGCCAAGGCCUACAAGUAUGAGGUUGCAAAUGGCCGAUCGUUCAAUAAAGAGACCGGUGGAAAUUGUUGAUGAUGUUUUUGUGAAAGUGGGAAAGUUCCUCCUCCUCGCCAACUUUGUGAUCCUUGAUUGUGCUGUUGACAAAGAGAUCCUAUCAUCUUGGGGAGACCAUUUCUUGCUACCAGAAGAGCACUUAUGGAUUCAGAACGAAAUGAGAUCAAGUUCCGAGUUAAUGACGAAGAGGUUACAUUCCAAGCGAGCAAGGGUAUGA